AUGGGAAGGGAAAAAAGACACGCCCCAGGUCCGGGCGCCGGUGACCAUGCCAAGGAGCGGCACAAGAGAGACCGCAGGGGAAAUCUAAUCGAUUGGACAGCGCCUUUGCCUCCAGGUUUGGUUGCGAGACCCGAGAAGCCUAGGAUCAGCUCCAAGCACAAGGUCUGGUACGAACUUGUACCAAACACGGACAAGAAGGAGAAGAAGCUCGAGUUCAAGUUGGCCAAUGGCCUCUCCAAGAGACUCAGCUCUCACCUGAACCGAGUCGGCUACCACUUCAGGCAGACCAUUGUGGAGCAGGCGCUCGCAAACCUUGGAGAAGACGGGCUCGAGAGUGUCAAGACAGCGCCUGACCUGCCCGAGCCUAUCCCGGAGAGGCAAGAGGACAUUAAUAAGCAGGCUGACGCAGCUAUAAGGGACCUGUUUCCUCGUAUACCGAACCCGGAUCGCCAGGCAAUCAUCGAGCAUGCUUUCAACAAGUCCAAGCAAGUAGGCAAGGAUCCACCCGUUGGGCUUGCCGCCGAUAUCACCCUUUCACGCCGCGUGCAGUUGGCUGUACUUGCCCAUAUUCGGCACAACCACACAAGAUACGACCAGUUACUCAAAGAAACGUCCUAUGUCAACGCCAGGAAGGCUGUGGAGUCUCUCUGUCUUGACAUCCUAGUCAAGUGGCGAGGAGACGAGGAGACAGGGCGUGACCAGCUUGACGAGAUUCUUCGCGAGGUCAUCGUCAUCUCAGACUCCGAAAGCGACGAGUCUGACGAAGAUGAGGACGAGGACGAGGAUGAGUCUUCCGACACUUGGUCGGAAGACGAGAGUCCCGUGAACGGAGUGGCGAGGGACGACAGGCCGGCCAGGGAAACGCUUCCCCCUGCGGAGCUCUCGCCGGCUUCAUUGACUAUUAACAAGACCCGCAGCGAAGGAUUCAGAGCAAGCCAUGCGCCGCAGAAGAUUAAAAAGCCGACCCGGGAGGACAAGCGAGCGGCCAAGUGGGCGCAUCGGGGCUUUCAACGCUAUCAGGCAGCUCGAGAUCAAGCCUGGAAUCAGGCGCUAGAACGGCAGCGGCGUGAAAUUUACGGCACCGUGCCAUCUAACGGUCCUGUGGAGGAUCCCGCCGGCCACGUACCGCAAUUAUGGCGAAAUGGCGAGCCCACGCAUUCUAGUUACCGCCCCUACGGUUCUCCCUUGCCCGCUGUAGGCGUGUCUCGGGAGCCGGAGAACCGGGUGAGUGAGUCACAGAGGGCCGCCCCCAUGGCCACUUACAAUAUGCCGCAGCCUGUGCACCCAUGGGAGCACCAGCGCAGUAAUCGUUUCGGGCCUAUAGUUGGGUCUCGGGCUGCUUCGUAUGAGGCUCCCGUGGUCGAGCCAGUCAGUUACCAUGGACAUGACCUGAAGGAUUGUCUUGUUCAGUCCAUCGAGCCUGCGGAGACGCAGGCGCCUAAUCCUCCUCCGCCGAUUCCUGUCUCAUAUCGGCCGCCUGUGUCAAGUCCUUUCCAUGAUGGUCAUACUCCCAUCAACAGGGCUGUCCAUUACCCUCCCCAAGAUGCCGGUGGUGUCAGGGAGGCACACAACGUUCAUCCUGACUUUGCGGAGGGUUUCAUCACGCUUUCUCACCGUUCGGAACCCGGACGGAUGCGCGCCGCCCCUGAGCCGCCCGCGGAACCGUUCAUUCUACUUAACCCGCAGAAUGGAAGCGCAAUUGGGGCUAGCACUGUCUCGACGACUCCCCGGGGACCAAGUUCGCCGCGUGCACAAGGUUGGCGGGAUAACGGCGCAGGCCGUGAUGAGCCGCACCCCGGGUCUGGGACGCGACCGGUUUGGAUUGGGCAUGACGGAGCUCUCCUUAGAUCGGAAUUCCGUCCGAUCGUGAUCCCGGACGAUCCCUUGCCGUCUAGACGGCCGCGGAUGGAGCCCGCAUAUCCAGAUACGAACAAUCGCCGCCCGUCGCCCAUGAUGUGGGCUCAUCCCCGCCACAUCAGCCAUGGCUGGACGAACGGGCGCGAAGGACGAUAUGUCGACGCCAAGCAUGACGAGCGUGUUGAGGCGCUCCAAAACGACUUUGGCGAAUUUGUUCGGGUCUCCAAUAAAUUUCCCAGGCAGUACGAGCCUCGUCCAGCCCCGGUCGAAGAAGCGAGGUAUUACGGGCAGUCUGCCACGCAACGGCAGGGCGCUCCGCCUCAGCCCGAUGAUGCUGCACGAUACGACGCUCGCCAGUUUCGUGGACACGGGCAACGGCUUGAACGUGUCGUGGAGAGAAUCGAAGGUCCUCCGUCUCACGAUGAGCACAUAUCUUUCGUUGCACGUCAACCACAAGGGUGCCCGAGACAGGAGCGUGUGGUUGGGAUUGAAUACGUUCAUUCCUAUGCAAGGUAA